AUGCAGGACGCGGCAGAGGCACCCCUUUCCUGGCAGGUCGACGAGCAGGACCCAGCAUUGCGCUGUCCGCCGAUCGUGCCACCGAGAGGUACCGCGGUGACUUCUGGUGUCGAGUUGACUCCCACUGCUGCUGCAAGCGCAGGAGUGUCUUCGAUGGGCUCGGGAUUCUUGACAGGAAAUGCUCCUGCAUCAGGAGACAUUGACAAGGCCACAGCAAAGUCAGUGGAGAGCAAGUUGCCCAAAGUCGUGGGACCUCGUGUUAUUGCGGGCCCGGGCGUCAUUGCGCCGAAGGUCCCCAUGAACCCGAUCAAGCCGUCAACAGAGACGCCUGUCCCAACAGUUAGUGUGCCUCUGCCAGCCGCAGCAGGUGCGACAGUCCAGGUUCGCCCGGAAAUGCCACUGUUGCAGCCGCGUGGCAUGCAGCUCAAAUUGGCCAGAGGAGCAGUGCCGACAGUGCCAAUUAGUGGCACAGGUCCAAGCGCUUCGUCCUCCGCCACCACCCCGGCAACUACAUCAGCAACCACUGCGCCAUCUCCGGCCGCCGUGGUACCUCGCGCUGCGGGAAUGGCCGUACCACCGCGCAUGCCCACUGCGCCGGUUCAACCGGUUCGGGGGCCUCAGCCGCCAAAGGCUCCUCCGCCGGCGGGGCUUGUCAACAAAGUGGUACAGUCAACAACUGCUGCAAAGGCUCCUGGAGCCGAACCUUCGAGAGGUGACGCCAGCAGGAGCCCCCGCAAAGAGCGGGCGCCAGAGGUGAAAGCUCCGACAGCUGCGCCCCCUGUGGUGCCAGCGCUUUAUCCGCAAGCGCUGUCGCCCCCGCCGCGGCCGUCGCUUCCACUGUCGCCAGCCCCUGGCUUGGGAGAGGAUGCGCGGGUCUCUGGCACCACGGCCUCGAAGAAUGCUCCUCCAGAGCCGCCGUAUCAGCAUCCAGUGCAAAAGCCAACUCAUCAGCCACCUCCACCACCACUUCCACCGAUUCCGCCGCCGCCGCGGGACGCGGAGGUGGUUGACAGGAGGCCCUUCGGCCGGCGGCCUCUUGGAGAGGCAUCUGCGCAUACCGCAGCCAUACGCUUGCGGCUCAACAGGCCAUAG